AUGUAUACCAUAUGGGCAACACGCCCCUUGGCCAUUGAUUGCCUGAUCUCUUUCCUCUAUGAGCCUCAUCACAGCUCACCGAGCCAUCUCAAACCUCUGCGAGCCUCGUCACCACUCGCCGAGCCUUCUCCUAGCUGGCUUUUGUCUUUCUCUGUCUUGCCGAGCUACACUGCUGCUGUUCCCUUUGCACAGCCGCUUUGCUGCCUAUCUGCCAUGGUUGAUUCUUCUACAUCUGAGAGUCAGUCCGCUUCUGUUUCUUAA